AAAACUAUCACAUUUUUAAUAGAUCUAAUAGUCUACUAAAUACCCCCAAUUAAAACUACUAAUACAAACUACUACAAUGGCUUUAAACGUCCUUAAGACCAAGUCCGGUGUUAUCUACGGUGACGAUGUUCGUCAACUUUUCUUGUACGCUCAAGAAAAGAAGUUCGCUAUCCCAUCCAUUAACGUUACUUCUUCCUCCACUGUUGUUGCUGCUUUGGAAGCCGCCAGAGAUGCCAAGUCUCCAAUCAUCUUGCAAACCUCCCAAGGUGGUGCCGCUUACUUUGCUGGUAAGGGUGUUGCUAACAAGGACCAAGAAGCUUCUAUUGCUGGUUCCAUUGCUGCUGCUCACUACAUCAGAGCCAUUGCUCCAACUUACGGUAUCCCAGUUGUUCUCCACACCGAUCACUGUGCCAAGAAGCUUCUCCCAUGGUUCGACGGUAUGUUGAAGGCUGACGAAGAAUUCUUUGCCGCCAACGGUACCCCACUUUUCUCCUCCCACAUGUUGGAUCUUUCUGAAGAAACUGACGAAGAAAACAUUGCCACUUGUGUCAAGUACUUUGAAAGAAUGACCAAGAUGGGCCAAUUCUUGGAAAUGGAAAUCGGUAUUACCGGUGGUGAAGAAGAUGGUGUUAACAACGAACACGUUGACAAGGAAUCUCUUUACACUUCCCCAGAAACCGUCUUUGCUGUGCACAAGGCUCUUGCUCCAAUCUCUCCAAACUUCUCCAUUGCCGCUGCUUUCGGUAACGUCCACGGUGUCUACAAGCCAGGUAACGUUGUUUUGAGACCAUCUAUUCUUGGUGAACACCAAAAGUACGCUGUUGAACAAACUGGUUCUAACUCCCCACACCCACUUUUCCUUGUCUUCCACGGUGGUUCCGGUUCCACCCAAGCCGAAUUCGACGAAGCCAUCAAGAACGGUGUUGUCAAGGUCAACUUGGACACUGACUGUCAAUUCGCUUACCUUGAAGGUAUCCGUGACUACGUCUUGUCCAAGAAGGACUACUUGUUGACUCAAGUUGGUAACCCAGAAGGAGAAGACAAGCCAAACAAGAAGUACUUUGACCCAAGAGUCUGGGUUAGAGAAGGUGAAAAGACCAUGUCUGCCAGAAUUUCCCAAGCUUUGGACAUUUUCCACACCAAGAACCAACUUUAAGUUUGACCUAUAGUGUAAGUAUAACGUAAUAAGAUGACUGAUUAG